AUGUGUCUCGCUAAGGAAGAUUCACAAUCGCCCCCGAAGGAGGCUCAGUCACCUCGUUCUCCUUGGAUGAAGCUCUUAAAUCGUCAGAGCUCUAAGCCAAGGCUGCCACGAAAGGUGACAAGCUCCACGCGAGUGAAUCUAAACAAAUGUUGGUCGAAGCUUGGAGAGUUGAUCUCUAAUUCAUCGCCUCGCACCGACCUGCCAUCGAACAAGACUGCCUAUACCGGAGAACCAGUUUUAGUGCCGUUCUCCGAAUAUUUCUAUCCAAUGGACCCGGUGAAACCGGUUCCUGUCGAAGACAACGACAACGCCGAAAACCAGAACAUCCUGAACUCCAGCCGUUUCGAACUCAUCUCAGAAGAGGAGAUCAGUGACAACAUGGCAAAUGAAGUCCGGGAGAUCUGCUACACGGCGAACAAAUCCAGCUGCUUCGUAUGUAAGCUUUGCUAUUAA